AUGUCCGCCGCCGCAUCCAGCUCGACCCGGCCCCCGGUGGUCCGCCCCGCCGACAUGCCCGAGGACAAGUACACCGCCAUCAACGCGUACAGACAGAAAGUCAAGGAGCACAGCCGCAUGUCCGACAACCUCAAGACGGUGCGCAUGAACAUCCGAACACUUGGGAAGGAUUUCGAUAGGACGGAGGAUGAUAUCAAGGCGUUGCAGAGUGUGGGGCAGAUCAUUGGCGAGGUGCUCAAACAGCUUGACGAAGAGCGAUUCAUCGUGAAAGCGUCCUCCGGCCCGCGCUACGUCGUAUCCUACCGCCCCACCCUCCCCGCCGCCAAACUCAAACCCACCACCCGCGUCGCCCUCGACAUGACCACCUUGACCAUCAUGCGUAUUCUCCCGAGGGAGGUGGACCCGAUGGUGUAUAAUAUGAGCCUGGAGGACCCGGGGAGCGCGACGUUUGCGGGGAUUGGAGGGUUGGGGGAGCAGGUGAGGGAGUUGAGGGAGGUUAUAGAGUUGCCGUUGAUGAAUCCGGAGUUGUUUGAGCGCGUCGGUAUCAACCCCCCCAAGGGCGUGCUCCUCUACGGCCCCCCCGGUACCGGCAAAACGCUUCUCGCCCGUGCUGUCGCUGCUACGCUCAAUACCAACUUUUUGAAGGUCGUUUCUUCUGCCAUUGUGGACAAAUACAUUGGCGAAUCCGCCCGGCUCAUCCGCGAAAUGUUUGCCUACGCCAAAGAACACGAACCCUGCGUCAUCUUCAUGGACGAAAUCGACGCCAUCGGCGGCCGCCGUUUCUCCCAAGGCACCUCUGCCGACCGCGAGAUCCAACGUACCCUCAUGGAACUGCUCAACCAGAUGGACGGGUUCGACUCGCUCGGAAGGACCAAGGUCAUCAUGGCCACGAACCGGCCGGAUACGCUGGACCCGGCGCUGAUGCGGCCGGGGAGGUUGGAUCGGAAGAUUGAGAUCCCGCUGCCGAAUGAGCAGGGGAGACUGGAGAUUUUAAAGAUUCAUGCAAAGGGGGUGAAUAAGGGGGGGGAUAUUGAUUAUGAGGCGGUGGUGAAGCUUUCGGAUGGGUUUAAUGGGGCGGAUUUGAGGAAUGUUUGUACCGAGGCGGGCAUGUUUGCCAUCCGCGACGACCGAGAUGCUGUCGUCCAAGAAGACUUUAUGAAGGCUGUUAGGAAGCUUAAUGAGGCGAAGAAGCACGAGACUGGAUUGUGA